AUGGGUACCAAAAAUUUUGCAGCAGCAUUCAACCAUGGAACCGCAGAAGAGGCAGCAUACCAAAGAGGCCAGGCUGAGCUGAGCCAUAUUAUGCGGUCGUGGACGGCAACUAAGAACGAUCUACUCGAAAACAUCCUCGGAGCCAUUAGGCAGUACAAAGCUGAGUGCGAGGAGCUGUUGCUUCAACGAGCCCAGAGAAUCCAAGAGAUAUCCGCUUCUUUCCCACAUGUUGGCGAGGCUCUUCAACAGGAAUGCAAGAUCCCGCAUGCCGACAACAACGGCAUUUUUGAUACUCAUGGUAUCAUCUUCUCGUUUAGACCCGAUGAGAACAGAAACAGCUUGCCGGCGUUGUCCACAACCCCUAUUUCGUCUUCGUCAGAUAACGCGAAUCCUAAGGCAAGUUGUCCUCGUCUCAGUUCGGUCUUCCACUCUGACCUGGCGAAGUUGUCUCCUCUUACCCCGAUUCUUCAACCCGAAACCUCGGAGAAGUUUCAGUCCAACGCUUUGCCUCCCCAAUCCAAAUCCUCUCGGCGCAGUGCUGCCAAGACACGUCACGACGCAUCACGCAAAGUUCUCCGUCCCAGACAAUCAGCCACCAAUCCCAAGUCGAACACCGCUCUAUCUCAACCAGCCUUCGAAACCCAACAACCCCCCAUCAAGACAUCCGAAGUAUCCAAAGGCAACUACUGGAUCUUGGGGUACCCCACCCGGUCCAGCAGCGCCUUGUACAUAAUGCGAUGCCCAUCCGAGACGUGCGAGCAUCCUGUGUUCUCCAAACACCCGCUGUGCCAGAAUAGGGCGGCGAAUCAUUUACGGGAGUGCGGUCAACCGUUUAAAGAUAAGAGAGAUAUGGUGAAACGAUAUGCCCGACUGGUUGUACCGGACCGGAAAGGGAGAGAAGUUAGGCGGCCUUGGGCGAGGGAACAUAAUCGGAAGUUGCUGGCAAGUAAUGAGCUGCAUCUUCAGGAGGAGAACCUAGAAUAA